CAAGAAUACUACUACCAAGAAUACUACUACUACCACUACCACCGCAAUGACUUCUGUCCUACUACCCACUUCUACCCUUUCUACCCUUCCUACCCUUCCUACCCUUCCUACCUCGCCUACUACCACAUAUUCCUUCCACCAACUGGUGCAGGACAUCAAAGCCCAUCUCGGCAACGAUGGCAUCGAAGAAGACCCCGCCCACCUGAUCUCCCUGAUGAACAGAUACAGCUCCGAUGCCACAGAAUGGAUGCGGUACUUCCACAACGAUCUGUCGAGGGGGUAUACGCGCAACUCGAUCGCGAAUAUCAACGGAAGAGCAAACCUAUUACUUCUCGUCUGGAACCCUUCGAAAGGGUCGCCCGUGCACGACCACGCCAACGCACAUUGUAUCAUGAAGAUCCUUUCUGGUCAACUUACGGAAACGGUCUUCCAGGCUCCUGAGGCGGGAGAGAGCAAGGGCCCGCUGCAGAUCAAACAGGAGUCGGUGAGGCGGGUGAAUGAGACGGCGUAUAUCUCGGAUGAUAUCGGGUUACAUCGGAUGUGGAAUAAUGGACAGGAGGUUGCUGUUUCAUUGCAUUUGUAUACCCCCCCCAACGCAGCGGAUUAUGGAUUCCAUAUCUUCGACGAAGAAACAGGCCAAGCAAGCCAUAUCAAACCAUAAACCAUAGGCCGCAGCCUUACAUUGCCGCAUGGAGGAUCUCCAUCAACCCCGC